AUGGCAGAAUUUUGUGAGCUCAACCACCACACCAAGCUCAAGGAAAAAGCAGAGCUUAGCCUUCAGAUAACUGAAACCUCCUUAAAGACACCGGCGGGGCUGCCUCGGGGAGACCGGCCCAACACCGCGCGGCACACGUCCACACACGGGCGCCCAACACCGCGCGGCACACGUCCACACACGGGCGCCCAACACCGCACGGCACACGUCCACACGUGGGCCCCCAACACCACACGGCACACCUCCACACGUGGGCACCCAACACCACACGGCACACCUCCACACGUGGGCACCCAACACCACACGGCACACCUCCACACGUGGGCACCCAACACCACACGGCACACCUCCACACGUGGGCACCCAACACCACACGGCACACCUCCACACGUGGGCACCCAACACCACACGGCACAACCUCCACACGUGGGCACCCAACACCACACCUCCACACGUGGGCACCCAACACCACACGGCACACCUCCACACGUGGGCACCCAACACCACACGGCACACCUCCACACGUGGGCACCCAACACCACACGGCACACCUCCACACGUGGGCACCCAACACCACACGGCACACCUCCACACGUGGGCCCCCAACACCACGCGGCACACCUCCACGCGCGGGCACCCAACACCACGCGGCACACCUCCACGCGCGGGCACCCAACACCGCGCGGCACACGUCCACGCGCGGGCACCCAACACCGCCCGGCAAACGUCCACGCGUGGGCACCCAACACCGCGCGGCACACGUCCACCCGCGGGCACCCAACACACGUCCACGCGCGGGCACCCAACAUCGCGCGGCACACGUCCACGCGUGGGCACCCAACACCACCCGGCGCACGUCCACGCGUGGGCACCCAACACCACCCGGCGCACGUCCACGCGUGGGCACCCAACACCACGCGGCGCCGCGGCCUGUGA